AUGGCGUCUCCACCGGUUCAAAACCCAAGUUCAGAAUACCCGAACACCAACCAGCCUGGCGAUGAAGAGGUACACUUCUGGCCAACCGAUAGUCCCGAAGAGCAACAAAAUUUGAGCGAGCUUCUCCAGUCGGACUUUGGAUCCCUCGGGGUUCUGGGCGUUAAUAUGAAUGGCCCCAGGGUAGUUUGUACCGGGUGUGGAAAACUCUCCGGUUUCGAUGACGUUGUGUCAACGGCUCUUAAGACCGGUGCUCAUACUGUGACGUAUAUGGUGGAUGCUAUUAGGAGCGGCAGGUUUCUCCCAUCCAACCAGCAUGAAAAUGUAUACUGCUACAAGUGCGGAGAGGCAUGGCCGAAGAGAUGGGGGUGGCCAAGAUAUGGGGGCUGGUUAGUGCGGGGUCCGGAUCUCGGUUCUGAUCUACAAUUAGCUGAGUGA